AUGACAAAGACCUACAGCAAACCCACGGAGAUGACACUGAGGAACUUCCUGGAGGAGAGCGCGAGUUCGCAGGACGAAACGAGACAGGGAGACACGCUGGACAGUCUGAGCAAAGGUGAGGAGGAGGAAGGAGAACAAGAGGAGGAAGGAAGCGACAAGGGAGAGUACGAGGUGGGGGGGGAGGAGGAGGAGGAAGAGGAGGAGGAGGAGGAGGAGGAUGGGCCCAAGCCCACGAGGCGAGGUCCUAAGAAGAGGAAGGUGACCAAGGCGAGGGUGGAGAGGUUCAAAGCGCGGAGACUGAAAGCCAACGCGAGAGAACGGAGCCGGAUGCACGGACUCAAUGCAGCACUGGACAACUUGCGGAAAGUCAUGCCCUGUUACUCCAAAACCCAGAAGCUGUCCAAGAUUGAGACGCUGAGGCUCGCCAGCAAUUACAUCUGGACUCUCUCGGAGAUCCUCCAGACUGGGAAAAGCCCCGAGUCCAAAGCCUUCGUCCAGAUGCUCUGCAAAGGCCUAUCUCAACCCACCACCAAUUUGGUCGCAGGUUGCCUGCAGAUCAAUCCCCAAGCCUUUAUGCUGGAGAGACCAGAAGAGGAGGGGUCUGAGCCUUGCGAGGCCAUUGGCUCCGUUAAUUCCUUCGACUACCCCACCCCAGGACUCCCCAGCCCAGUCUACGGCAGCCUGGACCCAUCUCAUUUCCUGCACGCCAAGCCUCACAGCUAUAGACCGUUGGUGGAACCUUUAUUCGAGGCCCGAUCGGCAGAUUGUCCCAGCUCACCCCACCCUCCAGCAACGCCAACGUACAAGGACGCCUUGAGUCCAGCUCUGAGCAUCAGUGGGAACUUCUCCCUGAAGCAGGAGGCCAGGGCUGGGGAGAUGGAUAAACCCUACGGCCUCGGGUCUCACUAUCCCUCGGCCACCCUCCACGGACCCCAAGGUCAAGGCCCUGUGUUCCCCGCGGGAAUCAACCGAUACCAGAUCCACUCGGAAAACUUGGUGACUUCCUUUGACCCGUACCCCCCUCACCCUCACCCCCAUCCCCACCCUCACCCCCACCAUCUGCUGAGCUCACAGCUCAACACCGUGUUCCACACAUGA